AGGAACUGAUGAGGGACGGGAAGUUGAGACUUUACUAACCGGUCGCGCGCGCGAUCGCUCCCUCUCAAGGGCCAGGGAAACCGAGGGUGGGAAUCGCGGGGUGGGAACCUCUCGGAACCUGGCUGAAUCCGAGCUGAGCAACAGCGCGCCUUGGUCUGGAUUGAACCCGCGCGAUUCGCCGCUACCCCUCUCUCUCCCUCCCUCCCUCCUAUCAUCCGUCUGUCUGUCUAUCUAUCAUCUAUCUAUCGUAUCUCUGUGUGGAGAGGUCGGGAGUGCCGUUUCAUCUAGCCCGGUUUGCUUAAUCCAGGGAAGACUUGCAGCUGUGGAGCAGUUCAAUAAUGACUGAGUACAAUAGUUCUAUGGCGCUGCCACAGAGCGGAGAAACCCUGGGAAAGGCGCACUCCUAGGGCUCGCCAAGCCCCAUUUUUUUCUCCCUGGCUCCUCCGGCGCCCGCGGCCCCCUUCCGGUCCUUCUCAUCUUCCAAUCUCCUCCCAGGUGGCGAGUCUUUUUCCUUUUUUUUGAAAGGAAUUUUGAAAGAAUUUGGGCGCGUGGCAACAAAGUUGGACCCACCUCCCAUCCGGGGCAUCUUAAUUUUUUUCUCCGGGAAGGGAGAGGCAGGAAAAAGCGUCAGGAUAUAAAGCUGGGAAUUAUUUUUUUAAAAGGUGCGUGGACACGGUGCACGGGAAGCUGAGGUUUCCAGGGCUUGUCAGAGGAAGCUUCAAAGAGUAUCGUAUCUAAGGGAAAGUGCUUGCAGAGCAGCCUUGGAUAGAGAUUCCUGUGAAGGAAACAAAUUCCUGAAGAUCUGCAAAGUCUUUUCAACUUGCCUAGGAUUUGGGACUGUGCUGCCUAUUCACUCUCUGAAGAUGCCUCUUCAAAACCUCACACAACCCACCUAUCACCAACCACCCAGUAACUCACAAGAUAACCUACAAGGCUUGUUCAGUAUGGUGCAUGGUUACUUGGGAAUUGUGCAACCCAACAGUUUCCCAAAAGAUCUCCUGACAUAUGUGAUCAGGCAUCCAGAUUUCCUUCAAAACCAGACAGUGUAUAAAGAGAUGCUAAAGUAUGAGACGGGCUUCCUGGUUUGUACUGUCAUUGGUCUUCUGUUCAUCGUCCUUGUGCCUCUAGUGGGCUUGUAUUUCUGUUGCUGCCGCUGCUGUGGACAUUGUGGAGGUUUCAUGUACCAGAAGCAGAAUAAGCACACUGUCUGCAAGAGACAGACUCUUUUUUGCUUUCUGCUGGGCAUCACUGCUGUUCUUCUGGCUGGAGAUAUAUGUGCCUAUGUCAGCAAUCAACGUUUAUCCCAGGGUCUAGGGAGCGGUUUUGACAUUUUCAACAAAACAGUGAGCAACCUGAAUGUUUAUCUGAAUUCUAUACCUCAGGAGAUUAAUGACAUCAUCAGGUCUAGUAACGUGCCACUGGAUCAGGUCAAUGUGAGCUUGUGGAAUAUUGGUGAUACCUUGGGGAGCAAGAUCAAGGAUAAAUUAGGUGGACGAACAAACAAAGUAUUAGACACAGCUGAGCAGCUUCUUCAAGACAUUCAGAGCAUAGAUCAGGAACUCCAGAAAGUCAACCAGACUGGUGCUCGCUUGCAGGAAAUACAAAAAGAGCUGAACAAAAAGCUGACUGACCUGAGAACCGAGAUCAAUGCCACUCUGAAAGAAUGUGGCAGCCCCUGUGAGGAAGUGUCCGUAGAGAACCUGACGCCUGAAGCCAAUUUUGAUACGAUUCCUGAUGUCAGCCAUCCGCUUAAUUUGAUAUCUGAUGUGACACGUUUAGAUCUCAACAGUACUCUAAUAAAGGCAAGAAAUUUCGUGAAAGAGAUACCACAGAAAGUCUCUAAUCAAACCAAAGAGGAGGUGUCUGAUAUACAGGAUAUACUUUACAAAGUCAAGAAGGAAAUUAAUGCAAUCAGUGAUAAGUUUCACAUGCUGGUCUCAAUGAAGAAUAUCACUGCAUUCAUGGAAAAUCUUGUAAAGAAGGCAAAUGACUACAAACCACUUGUGGUCCAAUAUGAUGGCUACAGGUGGGGUGUUGGCGUCUGCCUUUGCUGCCUGCUGCUUGUAAUAAUUGCAUUCAAUGUGUUGGGUCUUUUGCUUGGUAGUCUUGGGCUAGAUCCACAUGGAAUGCAAUGGCCUACCAAACGAGGCUGCCUCUCCAACACCGGUGGAAACUUCUUUAUGGCGAGUGUUGGAUUCAGCUUUAUAUUUUCAUGGUUGCUGAUGUUGCUGGUUCUACUGCUAUUUUUAGUUGGGGGCAAUUCAUACACGUUGGUGUGCCAGCCUUGGUCUAAUGGAAUUCUCCUUCAGUAUCUGGACACAUCUGGAUUGUUUCCUGAAUUAAAUGUGAAAAAGCUCAUGAAUAUGAAGGGUUCUGAUAUAAACCUGACCAGCAUAUACAAAAAUUGUGAAGACAAUGCACCCUUGUGGAGUACCCUUCACCUAGAUGAGACCAUUUCUUUGAAUGAGACCUUCAACAUCAGCAAGUACACUCAAGACAUUGAUUCAGCCUUGAAUAAAACAAAAAUCGAUAUUGGCUCUAUUGAACUUCUGAAGGAUGAACAAAGAAACAACUUGCUGAAACUGAGUUCAAAAGAUGGGCCUCUGAAUGUGGAUUUUAACAGUACUCUUGAACAACUUAACCAGAAUCUGACCAAACAAGACCUGAACAUUUUGGCUAAUAAAUUGGAAAAACUGGCAAACACCACAACUGGUAGCACAAGUCACAAUCUGAAAGGUCAAGCUGCUGAGCUGAAGAACAUCCAAAAUUGGAUAAACCUCAAAUUUCCUCCAGAAAUUCAACACUUGACGAGAAGCAUCCAAAAGUUGCAGAAAACUGCACCUCAAAUUCCAAAUCUGAUAAACUUCACGCUGUCGGAAAUAAAUGACACCAGUUCAUUUAUACAGCACGAAACAGAGGAAAUCAUAAACAGCGAGAUCAAGACUUUUAUACUGCACAUACUGAAUUAUUUUUCCUCUUAUGUGAGCUGGGCUCAGCAUGUUAUCAUGAGACAAUUGGGUCGUUGCGGCCCUGUAGCCUGGGCACUGGACAGCAUGAAUACCGUUGUCUGCAAUUACCUUGUUGAUUCUUUGAAUGCCUUCUGGUUCAGUCUGGCCUGGUGCACAAUCUUUCUGUUGCCAAGUAUCAUCUUGGCUGUGCGGCUUGCCAAGUUUUAUCGUCGAAUGAGCGUCGAUGACAUAUAUCAGGAUGAGAUUGAGAUUAUGGAAAACUUUGAACUGUCAAGGCAAAACACAUUCAAAAUGCCCCGGGCUGAGCUGAAGAAAUGAUUCCCCCCCCCCCCAGCAUUCCAUCUCUGAGCUGCUAUGAAGAUAGCAAUGGUUUAGAGAAGACUUGGGUUUCUCUUGACAUUGUGCAGUGUGUGGAUCUUUGCCACAGUUUUUCCCUGAACAAGUUUGUAAGAUGGCAAUACCUUUUCCCCUACAAAAGAGACUACUGUGCCAUAAGCCCUGUCACAGAGAAGUGUAGUAUGGCUGUAUGCUCAGGGUAUCAACAGGGUUGUGCUCUGUUAUAGAGAUUAGGCUUGCAGUCUUAAUGCUGUCCAUAUUCAAGAGGCUGCAUUCUACUGAAUUACUAUACAGACCCCCAAUAUAUAUAGCAAAACAUCCUUACAGUAAUACUUUGUCCCUCAGCAGAUUUAGAAAUUUUUGCUGUAUUAAGCUGAAUUGCAAAUAGUGCCUUUGCCGGAUACUUACUCCAUACCUACUCUAAAGGUUAAUACUCUGGAAGAGAAAGCAAAUAUGAGCCAUAAUGAAAUACUACUGAGCAGUUCUGUAUCAGGAAGAAAGAAUUGCCUUAAAUUUUAUCUAGAGCACUUUGAAGAGUUUGUCUUGUGCUUCAGUACAUCAUUGCAAUCUACAGAUGUAUGUUUCUCUCUUUUCCCUUUCCUCACAUUCUCCAAUACUUGAUUUGCAUAUUUUGGGCAUUUAUCUCCUCCCCAAUAAUACUGAACCGUGAAUUUGUCAGAAAUGUGAUUCUCUCAUGAGAAUGGGGAAAAUUGUCUCAUCAGGUGAAUAGAAUUAGUAAUAUUUAUUAUGAAAUUAAUAAUAGGAAUGAAUGCGUUUAGAUUAAUGCAAAAUGAAUAAUGAAAAGAUGAUAUGAUAACCAUUUGGAAGAGGAACAACACGAGGAUUCUAUUCCUUUAGAUUAGUCAUGCCUGAUCUGUGGCAUUUCAGAAUGUGUGACAUAAUUCCUAGUCAGUAUUAGAAAUUUGAAGUUUAGGGAAAGACUGGACUAGUAGCAGAUAAUACAGGUAGUCCUCAACUUAACAACAGUUCAUCUUUGAAAGUAACAAUGGCACUGAAAAAAAUGACAUGACUAUUUUUCACACUUGUGACCAAUUCAGCAUUUCCAUGGUCAUGUGAUCAAAAUUCAGACACUUGGCAACAGAUUCAUAUUUAUGUCAACUGCAGUGUGCUGGAGUCAUGUGAUCACCAUAUGCGACCUUCUGACAAAUUAGCUUUUAGAAGAAUUUGUGAAGGAUUACUUAAAGCAAUAGUAACAAAUGAAAUCUCAUUAAUCAAGGAAAAAUGAAAACAUUACAUAAAAUGUAACUAUCUCAUCCAGAUAUUGGGGGUGGGGGAGUGGCUCAUAUUUCAAUGUUUCAGAGCAACAUGCAAACAAUCAGAGUUUAAUAUACACAUUCUCACUUUUACUUACUCACUGCUACGACAUCAUUAAGACUGACCUUGUCUUAGCAAAUUAUCUACAACUCCAUUUCUUUUUUUCCUAAGGGGUUUAUGAAAACCGAUAAUAUAUGGGAAGCAAUUCAAGAUAGCAUGCUAUCACUUAGCCUAGGACAGUAAUUGUUCCUAGCAGCUUUUGUCUUACUUAAAUUAUGUCUUAUUUCCACUGUUUCAUAAAGAUAUUUUCAGUUGCCUGAAUUAUAUGAUUUCUAUUAUAUAAUAAAUUUUAUUUGAUUCUAUGGAAGACCAGGAGUGAAAAAGACUAGAGUGAAAAUUACACCACUCCCCUCCUCCCUAACUACUUUGCCAAGAAAGAUACUUGAAUCUGUACAAAUGCUUUUGCUUCUCAUUUGAAUGAAUAUAAUUAUUUUUAUUAAUGUAUUGUUUUUCGUUUGUAAAUUCAAGGAAAUUAUAUUUUUCAUAGCUUUUAUAGGAUUUGAGGUAGGCCUUGGAUACUUAGCAUUUAUAAAUUGUUGUUCCCCAAGAAUGACAUCUUGCUGUUACUGGAAUUGCAGUGUUAAAUAUUAACAUAAAUCAAGAAUAAAUAAUCAGGAUAUCA